CGGACGUGAUUGCUAGGUUAUUGGGGAGGUGUCGCUAUCGUUGUAGUUGGUAAAUUGUCCGUUGGUUGUCGCUAGUUGAGGUAUUUUUGAUGCCAUCUAGCUUGUACCCCGCUUUCGAACGUUUUUCGUGUACUAAUAUGAGUACAGUGUAGUGCUGUUAAGUGUGUAAUGAAAACCCUGGCUUCCAAUGUUUUUAAAAUAAAGUUAAAAGUGUUUUAGAGCCGGUGAAAAUUCCGUUAACCUGUGUUGCGACCACGGACCGAUUGGUGCAGUAGUUUUCGCAUGAAUUCGGUCCGGCAAGAGAGUUUAACACCGAGUGUUCCAUUUUGAUGGCGCUAUGGCCGCUAAAACAUAACCAGGGAAAAUAUAAACCCGCCUUAACCUCACUCUUGGUAAACAUCAAUCAAACAAAAAUGGGCAGCAAGAUCUAGUGACUAGGGUAGUUUUUCGAUUCGGAUAAAGCAAGAACUGGAAAAAUGAACGUCAAGCAAGAAAGGCACGACGAUGCCGAAAUUCAGGCUUUAGCUGACAAAAUUUUGGAGGCUAGUAAAAAUCGGAUGGUUGUAAACCAGCAGAAGGCUCAUACUGGCGUGGGACAGAAUUUAAUUUUGAAUUCGAUGAUGAAUGACAAGAAAAAACAAAACAAUAACGUCCAGUCCACGAGUAGCGGAGAGUCAGGGAAGGCUAUAGACGAGGAGUCUAUUCGGGGGCGUUUUGGCUGGGAAACAAUAGGGAAGAAUCCAAUUCCGUAUAUAAACAGAGCCGGCGAAAAGUACUGUGCGGUUAGAAUGGUGGAGAUGAAAGCUCUUAACAAAUACUUAAAUUAUUUGCACCAAGACAUUUACAAUUGUACUUGUAUCCGGAGUUACUACAUUACGGAGAACGAAGGUAGGCUUCUUAACGAAAUUAACAUAAAACAUUGUGACUACCAGUUCGGUAAAGAACAGUUUACACAACGUGAUCUGAUCGUUAGACUGAGUGAUGCUAUAGAAUUCUACAAUUUCCUCUGUUCAUGUUACACAAAGUUAGUAAAUGGUGAGACGGAUUCCCUAGGACGAAGUGGCUUUAUUCGAAUCAAUAAAGAAUCUGUGGUGCCCUACACUGUAUAUAACGACCAAAAAUACGUCCCCUUAUUCUACUUCGAGGGAGAAACAGAGAACCUAAAACAGCGGGCCAACAAGUUAGAAGGCUGGGAUCUUUCGUAUUUAAAGUUUUGUUGUAAAGUUCAAGGGAUUCGUAACGAACUCUUCGCUCACGAUUCAUGUUCAGUUAUUAGCUUAAAUGAUAUUAAGAACUAUUUUCCCCCCGGAACGCUCUUCGAGGGUUACUGGCCCAAGAAGAGCGUCGAUUCGCAAUUAUUAAUUAGCGGCAAUACGAGAAACCAGUCGCAGAUAAUCCAGUGGACACGACAACCCGCAGCGCCCCCCAUCGCCCAUCCGGUGCCCAGUCCUAGGGCCGUCAGCUUAACUCAGCCCAAACCACCCACCAAUAGUCAGAUGCAUAAUGUCCAUUCGUAUUCGAGUUAUGGAAUGGCUGGCCAGCAUCCUUAUCACCCGCCUCAAUCACGUACGCCAGGUUCAGCAAUCCGGACGACCUAUCCUGCUGCCGCUGGAAACAGGCACAUGAGGUCGCCCAAUUACUAUUCGAACCUUACUCAGGGACCACCACCACCACUUGUACCUACCACACAGACUUAUCCUACUUAUGGAAAGGAAGAUUGGCAAUCCAAUUUACAUUAUACGAACGCCCAGACGAAUCCAACACCGAAUUAUAUGAUAUCAGGAGAACAGCCUAACCUUAACCAAAUUAACUACCACCAAGAAGAACCGGAUGACUCACAACCGCCACCUAUGAUACCCAUAAGACAGUUUUUGGCCAACGGCGGCGUUCUUUCGCCGACCUUCUUACGGCAUCAGCAUCAGAGGAUGCACAUGGACGUUGUCAACCAAAACUCAGCACGGGAUUUACAAAACAACUAUAACGUAGGCAAUCGACAGUCACUAUUGAUAAACCAGCAGCCCGCCCAUCAGCAGUCGUCGAGGAGUCAACCUAGUACCUUCGCCGAAGAACAACAUUCGAUGUCAAAUGGUCAGAUGUGUCUAGAGGACGUUAAUUGUAAAUUAAUUGCAAUCCCAGAACCGCCAACUAGUAGUAACCACAUUCCAUAUAAAAUGCAAAAGGCACUAGUUGAAGGGAAAUUAUUACCGUGUAUAAAUAUGAAGCCAUAUGUAUACGCAGAAUUAUUGGUUACAUUACCUGAUCUCAUAAUGAACUUUUUUAAUAAUAUACCAGUGCAGUCAUGUCAAAGAGUCAUGAAAGUACUAGGAAUCGAUCUGUACAAACCCAACAAUGCCCAAACCCGUGUGCUGAUGGAGUCUGGAAAGUGUCAAAAUAUGAAUGAAGUCGUACCUUUAGUUCAAGUGAGAAAUGUGAUUGAUUUCAUGCCUCAAUUGAAAUACAUGUUAGGAGGUGUUUUACCACCAAACAUGUCUAAUAAACGACAACGGAACAGCUAGGACUGGGCGAAUUUGUGGGGGUAUAACUUUUACAAUUUGUGAAAGUCCACGAACUAAAGUGUUUUAUAAAAGUAAAAAAAUGUGUUGUUUUAUAUAAAAAAUUGUUCCUAAAGUGUAAAUCAAUAAGUACUAUUAUUCAAAAAAGUGAAAUUAUAAUACACAUGUACUAUCGCGCUAGUUCUAUAAAUAUUAUUUUUUUUACGAUUUCAUUUGACAAAAUAUUACGUGCGAUAAGAGCGUCGAUUUAUGCCACUUUUUAAUAUUAUGUUUCUUUUUAUUUUUGCCGAAUGUUACCGUUGCGGAUCGUUUGGAAUGUUUUCGUCGUUUUUUUGGCGCAAUUUAUGUGUUGAGUUUAAUUUUUGUUUCGAUUUGGUACAAUCGACGUUUUCUAGUUGCAUGUUGAACGUUUUCAUCCUGUUGACAUUAGACUAGAUAUUUUAAAUUGUUGGCCACUUUAUGGCUAUUUCAAAAUGGUUUUUUAUUUUCUAUGUAGUUGUGUUUGGCAAUGUACCAUUGCGGAUUAUUACAAAUUUGACGCCUUUCUAGUCAAUUAAAUUAAGCGCAGCAUUCGAAAUAUUCAUUCAAAGUGGUAAUUAUUUGAAAUAUCUUCUCUAUUUUUCGUAUAUAAUUAUUUAUUUCUUCAAUGAUCAUUAUAAUAUUAAUAGAUAGUUAUAUCAAUGUGAAAUGUCCAGGGUAGGGGAUGUAAUUUAGAUAAAAUAUUCUGGAUUUAGCUAAUGACAGUGUAUCAUUUUUUUUAAGAUCUGAAAUCAUCAUUGUGUACUUUUAAGUCUUUUCAUUUCUUUCACAUAUAUGUAAAAGUCUUACGUUGAAAACAAUUUGUAUUGAUUUUCCUUGGAAACACAUUUAUUCCCUUGCCUGUGAUAUUUGAACAGUUACAAAUCAGUAUUUAAUAAAUUAUCCAUUGAGCUUAAACUACAUAUUUAAAUUCCUUAUUGCUACUUAACAUCAUGUUUUGGCUCUCUGACAAAAUUAAACUUGUAUCUGUACAAAAUGUUGUAGAGUUACUUUUCUAUGUAAUUUUUUUAGCAACUGUUUUCUAGUAGUGUUAUAUUUUGGCAAUUUUUUUCACACGAGUAUAGUUGUAAUGUUGCUAUGUAUGUAAAUAGUAAACAUUUAUUCAAAUAAAUCCUCUAAGUUCUAUUAUUAUUUGCUGGUUUGACUUUAAACUAAAUAUUUAGAUUGCAUUGCCAAAUUCAGUUGUUUUUAAAUUCAAAAUUUUAUUUCCGAUUUUAGAAAAAACGAAAGUAUGUAAUUUGUAUUAUAAUUUUGUAGAGUAGGUUCAGUAGCAUUUUUUAAAUAUAAACUUUUAUUUGUUAUUAGAUUACCAUGUAAAUAAAAAUUAUUUUCGUAACUACAUUUUUUCUCUAAAGUGCAGUACUCUUUACAGUUACAUACUUCAAAUUUUAUUUGAACGUCAGUGUUAACAUAUAGUGUGAAUAGAAAAGUCGUUGGUAAAUGUUAGCUUGUAUCACUUUAUAGGCAAACAUGAAUUGUGAAUUUAUUCCUUCUUCCUUCUCAGUAGUCCCAGUUUUAAAAAUUUUAGACCGUCCGUGAGAAAUUGUCGGUUUACGUUCAUUACGUUUAGUUCUUUUUUAAGAAUUCAUUAUUUAUUUAUCAUUUAUGUCAUGUUCAAAUGUUUCUUUUGUUUAUUGUUCAUUUGAGUCUUUAGAAUAUAGUUUUUGUUCUAUACGUUUUGCUGUUUUUUUCUGUUUUCAAUAAACAAACUGCACCUCGGAGCAAAAGCAUGUAUGUGUUGUAUUCGCUGUGUAGAUAAGUCAACUUUUCAAAAAAAUAUUUACUAGAAACAUGAAAAUGUUUUGCGGAAGAUGACUCUAAUAAAUUUAUGAUGGACACCGAUUUUUCGAAGAAUUACAGAAAUAAAUUUCGUGGUAUGCAUGUUAAACGACAGAUGGCGCACCCAUGUAUUUAUUCUCCUCUCAAUCAACUAAAAGUUAAAAAAUUCUAUGAUAGUUAAGCUUUCGAUAAUUAAAGUACGAGGGACCUAGAUGUAUUCUAAAAAUAUCCAUUUUGAUAUCGAUUUUUUUGAAAAAUGUAGAUUUCUUUACUUGUCAAUGUAUCUUCUGAAGAUGCGUCUUGUAAUACAAUACAAGAAUAAAUUUUUUACUAAACGGUGAUUAUAAAAUCCCAGGCACACGUAGUUUUUAUUUCAUUUGUAUUAGUCCCGCCCACCUUUUGGUCGUCACCAAUCAUAUUCCAGCCCGACAUCGGUAUGACGAGUGAAAUUUGGAUGGUAUGGCGAAUGUUUGAAUUCUACCUCCAUGAGUAUUUUUAAUAAUCAAAGUUAUAUUGCCAAAAAGACACAGCGUACAUUUAGUCAGCGACUAUAUAAAGUAGUCAAUAUCGUGUUUACAAAAUUUGAAGUAAACUGUGUAAAAAAAGUUAGCAUUUAAAAC